ACCCUCCUGGCAAACUAACAUGACAACCUCAAGAUCUAACUAGAGAGACCGACUCAUCAACAUGGAGCACCAAUGUCUCGUCUGCAAAAAGCAAUUUAGCAAGCUAGCUGGCCUCCAAAGUCAUACUGGUACCCACGAUGUCUCCUCCUGUCAACCGCACAAGUGCAAUGACUGCGAAUUGAUAUUCUGUAGUGAGCGUGCCCUCCAACAACACCAGACGUCGCCUGCCCACGACAUUAUGUUCAAAUGCAACGUGUGUAGCGGUGGCUCCAGGCGAAAAGGCGGUCUGGAACAGCACGCAAGUUCCGCUGCGCAUAGAUCACGUAAACCCGUAGGACAUAGGCUAGCGACUAAAAAUGAUCACAAAAACCCUUCGCCCCAGGAUCAUGUCGAGGACGAAAAGUCUAUUCCGCCUCGUGACUCAGUCCCGGAAAGAUACAAUCCAGUACCGUCCGUGAAAGCUAGAGAGAAACCCAAACACUCGAAGAAAACAAAAACGCCGAUGGUGCGAACUGGGUGGACGGCGAAUGCUGUAUGUAGUUCGGUUAUGAACAUGGACCAGGACCAGGAUUGGAUCUUGUGUGACGGGGACUGUGGUUGGUGCGGACACUGUGGGGACAAUGUGAAUUAUUGAUUGUCUCUCUAGUAGAUGAGCACGACGACAAGAGAUAUGGUGUAACGACAAACACAACAACUUGCUAGACGUACUAGACUUUGGCUGUAAGUUGUUUCUCCUGAUCAGCAAGCUGGUACCCGGCUGCCUUUGAUCACUGUUGUCAUUUCUGUUGCUACUGCCCCGCAAGGGGCGUAUACUUUUCUUCCAAUCAUGCGGAUUGGAUCACAUUUACACGAAGUUGUAUUUCAAGAUGUUCCCGAACCCAUCUUCUACCGCAAUGGCUAACUCGGAGAUUCGC